AUGCGCGCCAUCCUCAGCAUCGCCUUUGGCCUCUCCGCCGCCGCCGCCGCCGCCGCCGUCAACGUCCCCCGCGACGGCGACAACGACGACCGCCUCCCGCAAGCCCCUUGGGUCACCGUCAACGACGAGGGCAACCCCGUCACGACCCUGACGCCGGCCGUCUCCUCCGUCAGCGGCACGCCGUCGCCCGUCGACGCGGCCCCCCACGACCUCACCGCGUCGCUGUACACCGUGACCAACUACGGCCACGUCUACACCAGCACGGGGCUGCCGCCCAACCCGACGGCCACCAACGCAAAGACCAACGAGGGCUCCUUUUCGCGAUGCUUCAACCAGCGCGGCGCCUACGCCCCCUUUUGCCGUCCCACGCACAACUCGACCAUCUACACCGGCCGCACCUACUACGUCACCUGGGACCCCGACUGGUACAACGCCACGCUGUCGCCCUUUGUCUCCCUCCGCAUCAACUACUACAACGACACGAAUGGCCAAAUCUCCGACCACGACGUCUCCCCCAAGAGCUACCCCGUGUCGUGGGGCUUCCUGCCCUUGCCCGUCACCGGCGACAACCUCCGGGGCCACCACCUCGGCAACAACGUGACGCUGCAGCUCGUCGGGCACCCCAUCAGCAACACCACGGCCGCCACCAACCACACCGUCGAGCUGCCCGUGACGAUUGCCAACCCGCCUUUUGACCCGACGCCCCCGACCCCCGUGCCGCGCGGCGACACGCUCAAGAUUGCCCUGCCCGUGACGUUUGGCGUGGUGGCGUUCCUCGUCCUGGGCGUUUGCCUGUGGAACCGCAAGACGCGCCGCAUCGAGCUCGGCAACAUCAUGAGCCGCUCUCGCCGAGGGUACACUGGUCGUCGCCAGCGAAACCACCUGUUCAGUCGCAAGGACCACGGGAUACAGCUGGACGACGCGGGGCCUCCGGCCGACUACCGCGACGCUCCCGACCGGGCGGGACGCGACAGCCGCGACAGCCGCGACAGCCACCAUGGCCCUGCGGCUGGUAGUCCUGGCGGCGGCGGCGGCGGGACCUUUGAGGAGCAGGAUACCACUGGUGGACGCAAUGCGUUCCGGGAUGAGGUCAGACGUCAGGAACGGGAGAGGGGGGAGUGGUGA